AUGGAAGUAUCUGUAGUGCCUGGAUGUGAAAAUGGUGAAAGAGGUAUAGAAAGUGAGUGUAUUGGAAAUAGUUUGUGCAAUGUAAUUGAUGGAGAUAGUGGCACUGAAGGUGUUGGUUUGAUUUGUGUGAAUGAAGAAAAAAACAAUCACCAGGAAAUAGUUGACGAUGGUGCAGGACCGUGUUCUAGUAAUAACAACUUGAUUGUGUCUGAAAAAACUACAGGUUGUGUUGCUCCAUCUAGUGCUGUUUUAGAGUCGACGGAUGAGUCGAUUGAGGCUCCGAGUGUAGGGAUGGUUUUCGAGAGUUGGGAGGAUGUGGAAUCUUAUUAUAAGGGAUAUGGGCAGCAGCAGGGAUUUGGCGUUAGUAGGGUGGCAAGUGCAUUUAGACAAGGGAAGGAUAGUAUGAAAAUUAGGAGGGCUUUUACAUGGCGAUGUGAGUGUUAUGGUAGACCUGACUUGAGGGCGAUUAGGGAGGCUAAGAAGAGAGCUAAAGGAAUGGAGGUUGGAGGUUGCAAGGUAGGUGAGCAUGAGACUCGAGCUAAACGGAAGUCUAAGAAGUGUGAGUGUUCAGCUAUGGUUUAUGCUAGUAUUAAUAAGGAUGGUGGCUGGGAAUUGAAGAGAGUUGUGUUGAAGCAUUUGAAUCAUAAUCCAACUCCGAUGAAGGCAAAGCUAGGGAAAGAGUAUGUAAAGGAGAGUUUUGCUAAACCGGUGAAGAGUAGAUUGUUUAAUGACUGCAAUUCUGGUUUUCAAGUCUCCCAAAUACAUGGGAGUUUAGCCAUGGAGAGAGAUGGCAUUCAGAACAUGCCAAUUACAAAGAAGGAUGUGCGGCAUUUGGCACAGCAGGAUAAGAGACUUAGGAUGGAGGGGGGUGAUGUGAAUGUGAUGAUGAAUUAUUUUGAGAGAAUGCAAAGGGACAACCAAAAUUUCUUUCAUGCUAAGCGUUUGGACGAAAACGGAUAUAUGAAGGAUGUCAUUUGGGCUGAUGCUAGGAGUAGAGUGGCGUAUGAGGAGUUUGGAGACGUUGUCUACUUUGACACUAGUUACUUGACAAAUAAGUAUGAGUUGCCGCUUGCUAAUUUUGUUGGUGUCAACCAUCAUGGUCAAUCAGUGUUAUUCGGAUGCGCAUUAGUUUCACGAGAAGAUGAGGAAACAUAUACAUGGGUUUUCCGUCAAUGGUUGUUGUGUAUGAGGGGGAAAACACCCGAUGCCAUAUUGACUGAUGAGGUAGCUGCAAUAAGGAAGGGAAUUGCUGAUGUCAUGCCUGCCACUCGGCAUAGGUGGUGCAUAUGGCGUAUCCUACAAAAUUUGCCCAAAAAACUUGGAACGCAUCCAAGGUACCAUGAAAUGAACGAGACCCUAAAGGAUGUGAUAUAUAGAAGCUUUAGUGUGGAGGAGUUUGAGACUCGUUGGGGUAAUGUAUUGACUGAGUUUAAUGUAGUAAAUAAUGAUUGGCUUUCAGGGUUGUUUGAUGAGAGAGCCAUGUGGGUCCCUGCAUUCAUGAAAGACACAUUUUGGGCAGGAAUGAAAACAACGCAGAGGGUUGAAAGUACUAAUAGUUUUUUUGACAACUAUGUUAAACGUCAUACAAAGUUGUUUGAAUUUGUGGAGAAGUAUUGUGCAGCAAUGGAGCAGAGAGUUAUAGAUGACGAGGAAGAAGACAUAAAAUCCACGAAGUAUGUGAGGAAUCUGGUGACCGGUUUCAAAGCCGAGAAGGUGUUUCAAAAGGCGUACACUGAUAAGAAAUUUCAGGAGGUGCAGAAAGAGUUUGAGAGGUUAACAUAUUGCUACUCGAGGGGGGAGAAAUUUGUUGGAGAGAAGGUUGAACAUUUGAUGGAAGAUCGUGUGUGGGUAGUUCCUAACGGGUGUACUGAGGAAGUUCUAACUGAUAGGAGAAGGUGCUAUCGGGUCACUUACAACAGUAAGACCAGAGAAGUGGAAUGUGAUUGCAAGAUGUUCGAAACACAUGGGAUUCUAUGCAGGCAUUGUAUAAGGGUAUUGGAUCAACAUUUGUUUGGUGAAGUUCCUGACAAGUACAUACUUUUGCGAUGGCGUAAAGACAUACCUCGCAAACAUUCUAAGGUUAAGGUGGCCUAUCAUGAUCCAUUAAAGACAGUUGAGAUAAAGCGGUAUGAAAAGAUGAUGGUAAGUUGUGAGGAUAUAUGUGAUAAUGCAUGUGUUGCAGAGGAAACCAUGUCAAUAGUGAUAGAAGGGUUAAAGUCCAUUAAAGUUUCCGUAGAUGAUUGGUUUAGGAGUAGGCAGUUGAGAAAUGGUGAUGUUGGUGGAAUAGAGACUUCUACUGAGGACAAUACUUGUCAAUUACAUGAUUCCGAAGAAGCGUUGCAUUAAUAUUGAGUCACAUACCAUCCAUAGUUAAAUUUACUCAUUUGAAGUCUUGGUAUCCGUUCGGCAAAAGUAGUUGUAAGUUUCCAGCUUUUUAUCUAUGAGAUGUGAGUUUUUAGUUGCGGAGAUA